AUGGGGCUGCUCGCCCUCGCCGACUGGGAAUCCGUCGCUGCGUCCCUGCCCCGCGGCGCCCUCUCUCCGCACCUUCCAAAGCUCCACCGCCGGCCGCCGCCGCAGCCAAGCUUCGCACGCGCAGGCCGCGCGCGCCGCCUCCUGCCGAGCUCGCGUUUCCUUUCCCGCGUGCCGGCCUCCAUCCGCUCGCCCCGUCGCCAAGGAUGUGCCGCCGUCGCUCGUUUUCCUCGUCCCCAACUGCCGCCGUCGUUCCUUGCCUCGCCUCAAGCAGUGGUGCGCGCUGCCAGGGCUGCCCACGAGCACGUGCCGCGCCGCCUCCUGUUUCCAGCGCGGACGCUGCCGGCGCCCUGCUCUGCUCCAUUCCGUGUCGUCCCCGUCGAGGGCCCCUUCCACGAGCACGUCCUCAAACUUGUCGUCGCCCCAAAAAAAGACGUCAUCUUCACGAGCCGCCUGUCGAGCUCACGCACCGAUGAUGCUGCUCCUUCAUCCCAACGAGCCGCCGCCGCCCGGCCGUGCGCAGCUGCCGCCACGCAGCUCGCCGCCGCUCGUGCCGUGCCCAGCCCGGCCGUCUGCAGCUCGCCGCCGUCGGCCGUGCGCAGCUGCCGCCGCUCGGCCGUGCCUGAAGCCGCCGCGCUGUCUAGGGCCGAGACCGCCGCCGCUCGGCCAGCGCAGCUCGCCGCCACGCAGCUCGCCGCCGCUCGGCCGUGCUCAGCCUCGGCCAUGCGCAGCCGCCGCCGGCCGUGCGCAGCCGCGCCGCCGUCAGCCGUGCCUGAGCCGCCGCGCUUGCCUAGGGUCGAGACCGCCGCCGCCCGGCCGUGCGUAGCCGCCGCCACGCAGCUCGCCGCCGCAGGGCCGUGCUCAGCCCGGCCAGGCGCAGCCGCCGCCGCCGGCCGUGCGCAGCCGCCGCCGUCGGCCGUGCUCAAAGCCGCCGCGCUUGCCUAG